AUGCCCUCGCAUGAACAAGAAGAGCACCAUGUUGCGCCUGAAACCCAAUCUACUCUCUCCUCUGAGUCCGCGGCAACCAGACCUUCAACCGACUUCUCUCUCCAAAACAAUAACUUGAGCAGAGUGCCCAGUAUACGAUUCUCCGAGGGCACCAAGACUCACUCGCAGAAUCCAAUGUCCAACUACCGCCGGACUCCCAGCAACUCGGACGAAAUCACCCCAAUACGUGGAGCAGACGGAAAUUCCGACCGUCGAUACCAGACAGCAGACGUUUCAUCCGCUUCUUCCAGCCGGCCACCGACAGCUAGCCCUGACCCAGAACGUGAGCCGACGUCUGCAACGAAGAAGGAACAGAAGGAUUCCUGGCUCAAGAGGUUUGCCGAGAAGUAUGGCUCUGUAUCUUUAGAAAACAAGGGUUCAGUCGCAAGAGAUCAUUUGGCAUUGGAGCGGACAUUCCUGGCCUGGCUGCGUACCAGCCUGGCCUUCGCUAGCAUUGGGAUUGCCAUCACGCAGCUGUUCCGGCUCAACACCACCAUUGCCAGUCGAUCGGAGGUAUCGUCCAGCGUCACCACAGCCCGGAGCCAGAUCCCUUUGUCACCCUUCGUGGGACAGUCGAUCCCUGCGGACUUGGUGCCGUACCUACAGCAGCUUGCCGGGUCUGCUGCCUCCGCAACUCCUUCCCUUGGGCCUACAUUGCUAGACCAGCUACUCCUGCUACCAGCUCCCAACGCUGAUGGGACCCAAUUCCUGAAACGGGAUGAGGUGUCUGGUACGGCUUUGGACGAGAAUACGGCCACGAAGCUGAGACAUGUCGGCAAGCCUCUGGGGGCUACGUUCCUGGGUAUAUCUAUCAUUGUCUUGUUCAUCGGGUUCCAUCGCUAUUUCGAGGCUCAGCACUGGAUCAUCCGUGGCAAGUUUCCUGCCAGCCGUGGAAGUAUUUUCAUUGUUGGAUUCAUUGCCGGCGGACUGAUCAUUGCAAGUCUGGCCGUCGUCCUGGCGAUUGCACCCACUAGUUUUGAGAAGAAACGGUGA